UGGACCUAUGGGGAUCUUUCGAAGGAUCAUUUCCACGAUUUCCACCCUUGGAGUAGCUCCGGGUCUGACAGGAGUCCUCGGAGAGUUGCUAUUUCCAGACUACGUGGCCGACUGGGCAGCCCAGGAACAAUGCCUUCCGGAGAUCUCUCAGGAAGAGCCCGUGUUUGCCGACCAAGCCUUGAAAGACAUCUUGGAAAAAGUGGUGGACUCUGGUGUUGUAGUCUUCACCGUCUUUGUUGACACUCGAGAUCGAGAGGAGGGGCGGCGCUUCGCACGUAAUAUGGACACAUGGAUGUGUCGUGUGAGGUCUGUGUUGGCUUCGUCCUUCUUAGCCUUCGUAGAUUCUGAGAAGUUGCGGAAGCACUUUGAGAGCCAAUACGGCGUUUCCGCGUACUUCUCCAAAGAGUGGAUCAAGGAGGCCUUCAAAGGACGUGGAGAUGGUGAACGACAUGACUCCAAUUAUUGGCGCUGGGUGGCGAUGGAAUCCAUUCUGCGCGCGGGAUACAGUGCUUUCUAUGUGGAUACAGAUAUCAUGUGGCUGGGUGAUCCCAGACCGCACCUGGGGGCGCUCCCAGUUGCUGACUUCUACGGUUCUUGUGACACCUACGACGCAGGCACAGGCUCAGUUCGGUGGUACCAAAAUGGCUCACUGGAUAUGGAGCAGUUGCGUAAGGAAUCGAAAGAGCACGACGACGAAUCGGUUUGCUGUCAAGGCUUUUUGGUGCCCGUGAAUGCUGGGAUUGUGCUUAUGAGGCCUUUCCCUGCAGCCAUCGAGGCAGUGCUGCGUUUCAGACAGCGCGUGAUUUCUGGGCCCUGCUGGGGCCAGGCUGCCAUGCAGUGGGCAUUGUUUGAACUCUGUGGUCCCCGGGGUCUGUUGCGCUGCCAGCUCCUGGAGCCCCUGCGUUUCGCCUCCGCCAGUCCCUUGAUGCAGGAGCUCCGGAGAAAGCGAGGGAAGGCCCUUCAGGCUUCCUACCAACCCUCAUUGAUACAUCUGGAUCUUGAUGGGAAGAUGAAGACUUCUGCCAACCAAUUCUUCGAGCGGGUCUUUGGCGUUCCAAAGGAAUGCAGCAAAGAGGGUCGCCAGCGACAAGACCUAUGAUGCUGCCAGAAAAAA